AUUGCCAGCUAGAAGAGAAUGAAUCCAUAUUUAAAAUUUUGAUAGAUACUACCAUCUUCAAAGAGAACAUCGAUGAUACUCCCAUCAACAAUAUAGUAGGGUGCCCAUUUCCACACUCGCCUAAGUACCGAGUAUACAAAUCAUUUUAACUUUUGCCAGUCUGUAAAUUUGAGAUAAUAUCUAGGUCACAGCAUUAUUGAAAGGGCCACAGACAGGAAAGGCUCUGUCAUAUUGCCUGGCUUACUGUCAGCAUUCCAUAUUUUAUUUAUUUGACCGCCUGAUCUGGUGGCAAAAUAUGUGUGAGGGCUAUAAAAUGUCAGAGAAUAUUAAUGCGCAGAACUGACUGUCAGAGGUCAAUUCAUCACCGAGGCCUUAAAGAAAUAAACCCAAGGGCAACAUUUCCAAGUGGUGACGUCCGAAGGGAUGGAAUCAGCUGUAAUAAUAGGAUGUUUCUGAAAAAGCGGGAGGGUUCCAUUCUUAAAUGAGUUCCCCCAUCCUCUCCACCACCACAAAAAACAACCCAGCCGCGUCCGCGAGCCUGCCUUUGUCUUCGGAGCUACGCAGAGCUCCCGGACAGCUUCGCAGGAAAAAGCAGCCUUCUUCUCCCGUCUUCGCCCGAGGGAGGAGGGCUUCUUCGCUGGCCCCCGUGCCCUGUGCUCUCGGGACCGAGCCGACCGGUCUCCCUCAGGGCUCGGGUUCCUCGCCCGCGCGUGCACCCAGGAGCUUGCUCUUUUCUGACUGCGUCUCACAGAAGUCCGCGACCCUUCCACGUCUGAGACGUGACUGGGAGAGCUUAAAACUUCCCCACCUUUUUUUGGAGGGAGCAGGUGAUUAUGAACUUGGAUCUGGAGACUGCAGGCUUGUUUGACCUGAGGCACAGAGUGCGGAGCCAAGCGCCAGACUCGGAAGUCUGGGCCCGCUAGUCGGACUCCUCGGGCUCCAGCGUUUCCAGACGCGCCGUCACCCGGACUGGAUCUGGGGCGGGGUCCGACCUAAGUCCAUCACAGGGACUGCGUUUUUUAUUCACCAUUUUUAGUCUGGAUUUUGGCUUAAUUCAACCCAAACAGCUUCUUGGAACUUUAUCAUAUUUUUCACCUACGAGGUGGGAACUCAACCACCGACCCCACAAGUCUACGGGUGUAGCGAAGGGAGCCCAUUUCAGACAGGGAGCCCGGGGUCACCGAAGGGCUGGGCGCCGAGAGGGUUGGGCAUGCCUACAGGACCAGCCAAUGGCGGGACGGACUAACCGGGCGCGCCCAGACCUCAGGCAGUCGUGAUUGCGAUUGGUGGAAUUAGGCGGAAAACCCUCUUGCCUCCACCACAGCGGGUUUUGAUUGGCUGUAACAAACAGUCGCUUUUCUAUAGUCCAAACCUAGAGCAGUUUAGUGAUAAAUCCCGCCUUAAAAGACAUUUAAUAACAGUUUUGCGUGUUGUAAGGCAAAUGCUGAUUGGUCGGAGAGCUCACGGAGUCAGUCGGUAGUAAACAUAACCAGGCUCCUGGGACCUUGGAUUGGUCAGUUUUUCUGGGGGCCGAGUAAAUUCCUCCGGGUUCUGUGCGCCAGCUGGCUGCACUCAUGCCCCAGCCCCGCCCUCCGCUUUGCUGAUUGGUUGACGCCCGAUCGGGGGAGGAGGAAUGGAGCGCAGUAUGCAAGCUUGCACGCGUCACUUCCGUUUGUCGGUAGCCGCCGCCGUGUUCUUAGAGUGCCGCGGCGGAGGGACUGAAGGAGCUAGGGGACUAGAGGAGGGGUGGGCGGGGGGUGGGUGGAAGGGGGAGGAAGUCCUAUCACGGAGACGGCAGUCUGGACGUUCCCACCUCCUCCGACACUGUCCGGUCCGAUCGGAGAGGGGUCACCGCCUCCUUCAGCGAGGAGGAGGGGGGCGGAGCCCGGCUCAGUCUCAGCAAAUUUGGGAAGACUGACCUGUCCACUGCAGCCAGCUUGGUGAUCUUCCAGGAUCAUGGAUUUUCCUGGUCACUUUGAACAGAUCUUCCAGCAACUGAACUAUCAGAGACUUCAUGGCCAGCUCUGCGAUUGUGUCAUUGUAGUGGGGAAUAGACACUUUAAAGCCCACCGCUCUGUUCUGGCAGCAUGCAGCACACAUUUCCGAGCCCUCUUCUCAGUGGCAGAGGGAGAUCAGACCAUGAACAUGAUCCAGCUGGACAGCGAGGUAGUGACAGCAGAGGCCUUUGCUGCGCUGAUUGACAUGAUGUAUACCUCCACCCUCAUGCUGGGGGAGAGCAAUGUUAUGGAUGUCUUAUUGGCAGCCUCUCACCUGCAUUUGAACUCUGUUGUUAAGGCAUGUAAACAUUACCUAACGACAAGGACGCUACCCAUGUCUCCUCCCAGUGAGCGCGUUCAGGAGCAGAGCGCCCGCAUGCAGCGUUCCUUUAUGCUGCAGCAGCUGGGACUAAGCAUUGUGAGCUCAGCCCUCAAUUCCAGCCAGAGUGGCGAGGAGCAGCCAGCCCCCAUGAGCUCGUCCAUGCGCAGUAACCUGGACCAGAGGACGCCCUUCCCCAUGAGACGCCUUCAUAAGCGCAAGCAGUCUGCAGAGGAGCGGGCCAGACAGCGCCUCCGGCCCUCCAUGGAUGAGUCUGCCAUUUCAGAUGUUACACCAGAGAACGGGUCUUCAGGGGUUCAUUCUCGGGAGGAGUUCUUUUCACCAGAUUCUCUAAAAAUUGUGGAUAACCCUAAAGCUGAUGGAAUGCCUGACAACCAGGAAGACAGUACGAUCAUGUUUGACCAGUCUUUUGGCGCUCAAGAAGAUGCCCAGGUGCCCAGCCAGUCUGACAACAGUGCCGGCAACAUGGCACAGUUGUCUGUGGCCUCUCGUGCAACUCAGGUUGAGACUAGUUUCGAUCAGGAAGCUGCAACUGAGAAAAGUGGUUUUCAGUGUGAAAAUCCUGAGGUUGGCCUUGGUGAGAAGGAGCACAUGAGAGUGGUGGUUAAAUCCGAGCCCCUGAGCUCCCCCGAGCCUCAGGAUGAAGUGAGUGACGUGACCUCACAGGCAGAAGGCAGUGAGUCUGUGGAAGUGGAAGGCGUUGUGGUCAGUGCCGAGAAGAUAGACCUCAGUCCUGAGAGCAGUGAUCGGAGUUUUUCAGACCCCCAGUCUAGCACGGACAGGGUAGGUGACAUCCACAUCUUGGAAGUCACAAAUAACCUAGAGCAUAAGUCAACUUUUAGUAUUUCAAAUUUUCUUAAUAAGAGUAGAGGAAGUAACUUCAGUGCAAAUCAGAACAAUGAUGAUAAUAUCCCAAACACCACUAGUGACUGCAGGCUGGAGGGCGAGGCCCCUUAUUUGUUGAGUCCAGAGGCUGGGCCUGCAGGUGGUCCCUCUUCUGCCCCUGGCUCCCACGUGGAGAACCCAUUUAGUGAACCUGCAGACUCCCACUUCGUUAGGCCUAUGCAGGAGGUGAUGGGCCUGCCGUGUGUACAGACAUCUGGGUACCAAGGAGAACAGUUUGGGAUGGAUUUUUCCAGGUCUGGUUUGGGCCUCCACUCCUUCUCCAGGGUAAUGAUAGGUUCCCCAAGGGGAGGAGCCAGUAACUUUCCAUACUACCGCCGCAUAGCUCCAAAAAUGCCAGUUGUAACUUCUGUCAGGAGCUCACAGAUCCCAGAAAAUUCUGCCAGUUCCCAGCUAAUGAUGAAUGGGGCCACAUCCUCAUUUGAAAAUGGCCAUCCUUCCCAGCCUGGCCCUCCACAGUUGACCAGGGCAUCUGCUGAUGUCCUGUCAAAGUGCAAGAAGGCCUUAUCAGAGCACAAUGUUUUGGUUGUAGAGGGAGCUCGCAAGUAUGCCUGCAAAAUCUGCUGCAAAACUUUUCUGACUUUGACAGAUUGCAAGAAGCACAUCCGUGUUCACACAGGUGAAAAGCCCUAUGCCUGCCUGAAGUGUGGCAAGAGGUUUAGCCAGUCCAGCCAUCUGUAUAAACACUCGAAGACCACCUGCCUGCGCUGGCAGAGCAGCAAUCUUCCCAGCACUUUGCUCUAGCUACUGUCCUCCCCAGACCACGGUGAGGCCAGUUGGAGGGCUGAAACUAGAAUCUCUUGGUAAGCAAUGAAUGCCACUGGGUUUGAGGCUUCAGGCUGCCCAGUGGCUCUUCCAAAUUUCAGCAACUAAUAAGUGGAGAACUAAUACCUGUAACAUUUGUGCUGCUGCAUUUCUGAGUGAAGUGCACGCCUUGGGGGAAGGAUGCAAUCCCUGACACCAAGUUCUUCCUUAGGGUUGAGUAAUAUGGUCAUGAAGUAGUUUGUAACUGAUGUUGUUCAAAGUGGCACAUUUAAACAUUAAAAAAAUGAAGUGCAAAAAAUUUUUUUAGCAAUUUUUGUAAAACUCUGUGAAGCAUUUAAUUAAAUUUCCUAUACCCUCUGAUGGGAGUGUUAUAUCCCUGUACAGUGAUGCAAAACGCACUUAUGUGUAACCAGUGGUGACUUGGCGCCUGUCUGAAAAAAAGGCCCUUGAUGACACGCCUGUCUGCCACAAAUGCUUUAAAGUGUAUCAUGAGCUAGUCCUAGGCCUCAGAAAGUACUGUAUUUUUUAUUUUUGUCUGAGUUGCAGUCAUAGACACUGCACUUUGAUGGUGCUGACACUGGGUCCAGAGUGAGCAUUCUCUUGGACUGUUAGGUGUAUAUACUUUUGAAUACAUCACUGUUAGAUAGAUGUUUUAACAUUUUUUUCUGGUUUUAAAAACAAAGUUGUAAAUGGAGUAUGUACUUGUAGAAAGUGACAAGUAAGGUAUUGUUUCUGUAUGUGCUGUUUUAGCAGUAUUUAACCAACUUGUACUACAGAUGUUACAGUUCCAUGUUAGGAAGUCACAAAAGAGCUAGUGUUUGUCUUCGUUCUGAUGAUGUGGAGUCAUGUUUUGUGGGGUCUUUCAUGGCGCAUUUGCCCUUUGCUCCAUCCAGACGUCGAGGGCCAGUCAGUCGGCCUGACACAUCCCACCCAAGGACAAGCCUGUCCUCUGAUUCAUUUCUUCACACUCCCAUGCCCUAUAUGGUAUCUCUUCUAGGUCUAGAGUACCAUUUUCAGUUACAAACUAGCCAAAAAUUCCACUCCCCCAUGGGUUUUAUUACUGUUAUAUGCUGUACUUUUAACAGUACAGACCUGAAACUUUUAUUGUGGUUGCUCCCCCAAUCCAGUACUGAAUGUUCAAAAUUGUUUGAAAUCCAAACACAGUAGUGUUCAUGGAUAUAUUCCAGGCUCUGUAAGAGUUAGCCUGUAGCAUAGAAGUCACCAAGUGGCAUCUGACUGUUGGAGAGGCAUUUGGAUCACUACCCAGGGCUUCCCUGGGCCCUCCGGCCCCACAUCCCUAGCCCCACCUUGCCAGUGACCCUGUGCCACUAGGGCCGUUGGUGGCACCUGUAUAAGGCCAAGCCCUGGCUUUUGUGUCCAGAGGAACAACACAGGUUAAUGCAUUUCUGUAGAACUCAUGAAGUGUCAGUUUAAUUCAUGCAUGAAAAUGAGUUCAUUUUAUUUUUUUAUACAUCUUUCUUAGAGAUACCAAAUCAUUGUGUGUAAUUCAGAGAAAUUAUUCAGUUCUUGUGUUUAGAAAGCUUAAGUAUUUAUGUGGAGCCUAAAGCAAAAAUGAGUGUGUUUUCUCUUAAUUUAGUGUGUGUAGUUACACAUCUGUGGAUUAAUUCAUAAUGUUCCAGAGGGGCUUGAUAUCUCCCAUGAAUUGAUUCCCAGGGAGGAAAGCCCAAAAGGAAACCUGUGAUUCCUCUCCUGAGUAGACGUGGGAAAGAGGCCAUUGGAGGAUGGGAUCACCUGUGGAGUUUAGUUCUGUCUACGGCUCAUGGUUAUCGAUCGUGUUCUGACAUGUUGUGAGGAGGCUCUACAUCCACCCCUCUACAUGAUGUAGGGACCAGUGUCUUACAGGGAGAUUUAUCUUGGGACUCAGGUGGGUCGGCAUGGAGAACAGGAGAGGCCCUGCCUGGGCCCAGGGAGAGGAUCCAGUGACACCAGCAGAACAGUGCGGCCCUCCUUCCCUUCCCUUCUUGAAGAGGUGUGUGCCAGCAGCCUGCCUUCACUCCCCUCGGCCAUGUGCAGACUUUGCUAUGGGGGCCUAUCUCUGAACAUGCGGGAGCCCUGCCUCUCCACUGCUAGAUGGAACCGGGACUCUCUCAUCUACCUCUUAGUCGGUCAGUUUCUAUGUGUGAGAAGCAAGCUUGUGGGCCAGUGUCCUUGUACAUGCUGUAGCACUUAAAAAAUAAUUCCAAGGUUCCCUGGAAAACCAGUCCCAGGGUUCCUAUGAUCUGUAGUUUCUACCUGGAUUAUAACUGGUAUUGGGUACCUGAAAUUUGAUUGGUGAGCCUUAAUUAUAGCCUGGCAUGAUCAUGUAGAAUCCUUUCUGGUGAUCAAAUCAUAAAGUUCUAUCAAGGCACCCAUGUCAGUGGUGCUAUGCUGGUCACAAUUUGAGAUUUUGAAAUAAAAAAUUUGUCAUAUCUAUGCCUCUAAA